ACGUUCCUGUACGCUUGUGCAUCCUCAAAUUUCCCACGAACGUACAAACGUUCUACAGUUGAAUCGUUUACGUGAUAUAUCGCGAGAAAGUCUCCGGCUGUUUCAAAUAUUCGCGGUCUUUAAAGGCGGCAGUAGUUUGUCAGCAGUCGCCUGCAGGUGGCGGCAACGUAAGCACACAGACGCCAGAGAAUCGUUGGUAGAGGCCCGUGUCCGACGAGUACGUUUUCUCAGCUUUCCCGUGUCACGGUGUCGCGAGCGCGUCUGUCGUUGGACGCUCGCGGUGUCCGUCGGUUUUUUUAUCUAAUCGGUGAAGGAAAAUUCAAUUCCGCGAGAGUGUGAGUAUACCGGUGGUGGCGAGUGCUCGGGCCGAGACGUGUGCGCCGUUGCAGGCGAUCGAAAGAAGUCGCCCGAGAAACGGCAAAGGAGAAGGAGAAGGAGAAGGAAGAAGAAGAAGAAGAAGAAGAGGAGGAGGAGGAGGAGGAGGAAGAGGAGGACGACGACGGAACGACCAGUCAGUCGACGGUGAGAGACGAGCCACGGGAACAGACAGAGAAAGAGAAAACGCAUGUAAAGGGGGAACAGGGGAUACGGAACGAUCGCGAUGGAGAGAGAGUGAGUCGGAACGAGGACGGAGCUAAACGACGGAAGAGAGAAGGUAGAAGUGUGUCGGGCCGCUACACAUCGAGGAACGAGCAGGGAAAUCUUGCGUUUCCUCUUCGUACAGUCGGAUCGAAGGGGCAGAGGGUGUGCAGGCGGGUGGGGUGGUAAAAAGAGAGGAACGGGGAAGAGGAGACAGCUCGAAAAAGGUGGAGAUAAUCCAGCCGCGAAGGGUGUACGAGAGGAGAGCCGUCGCCGUGUUCUCUCUCCGGGAGGGAAAGAGUAUCGUGUCGACAAACGAGAGAGUGCGAGAAAGAGACAGUGCGGUGUGCCGUGUGUAAACAUACAUCCUACUGGCGUGAGUGCGUGCGCGAGUGGCAAUCACCGACGACUUAACCAUCGCCGUUGCCGUUGUUGUCGUCGUCAUCGUCGUCGUCGUCGUCGUCGUCAUCGCAAAUCGUCAAGAUCGUAUGUACGAAAGUACAUGGUCGACGCAUCUCUCCUUGCGACAAGAAGAGAAGAGGGAACGUUUAACUCGUAACUCGGGAGGAGGAGGGGAACAAACGUACGAAAAUAUCGUAACGGGGCAACUAACCCGGGGCCCGUGGUGUUUGACACGCGUAUGAAACUUCACAAAUGACAGUCAAUCGGACGGACAGGGAAGUCGAGUGCUGGCUGGAUUCGUCUGUCUAGCGAGCAAAGCGCGACACGAGAUGCAUCGGCGAGUGGGCUACAGCAACUACGAUGGCAAGAUCGCCGGCCUGUACGACCUGGAGGAGACGCUUGGCCGCGGUCAUUUUGCCGUCGUGAAGCUCGCCCGGCAUGUUUUCACCGGCGAGAAGGUCGCUGUGAAGGUCAUCGACAAGAGCAAACUUGACGAGGUCUCGAGAGCGCACCUCUUUCAGGAGGUGAGAUGCAUGAAGCUGGUGCAACAUCCGAACGUGGUCAGGCUUUACGAGGUGAUAGACACCCAGACGAAGCUCUAUUUGAUCCUGGAGCUCGGAGAUGGCGGCGACCUCUACGAUUACAUCAUGAGACACGACAGCGGACUCAGCGAGGAGGUGGCCAGAACGUACUUCCGGCAAAUAGUCAGAGCCAUAUCGUAUUGCCAUCGAUUGCACGUGGUGCACAGGGACCUGAAACCCGAGAACGUGGUGUUCUUCGAGAAACUCGGCACCGUGAAGCUCACCGACUUCGGAUUUAGCAAUAGGUUCUGCCCUGGCCAGAAGCUCGAAACUUCCUGCGGAUCCCUGGCGUAUUCGGCGCCGGAAAUCCUACUUGGCGAUAGUUACGAUGCUCCUGCCGUCGAUGUUUGGUCACUAGGCGUAAUUUUGUACAUGCUAGUAUGCGGCCAAGCGCCUUUCCAAGAGGCAAACGACAGCGAAACCUUGACGAUGAUCAUGGAUUGCAAGUACUCGAUACCGCCGCACGUAUCCGAGGGCUGCAAGCGUCUGAUCGCGAGGAUGCUCGUCAGGGAGCCAGAGGGCAGAGCGACGCUCGAGGAGAUAGCGGCUGAUCCGUGGUUGGCCAUUGGGCCAGAUUCGGAUUCGAUGGAAGCGUUGCCCCUGGUCUCCAGGCAACAGGUGUCCGACGAUCAUCACAAUCACAUCAUCACCAAGAUGGUCAACGGGAAUAUCGCCACCAAAGAAGAAAUAUUGGAAGCCCUCGACAAGAACGAGUACAAUCACAUAACGGCGACGUACUUCCUGCUGGCGGAAAGGAAGUUGCGGGCCCAUCGUCAGGAGCUAAUGCAAAAUACUCGUCCGGAAAUCCUCGAAGUCUCAGUCAGCCGGCAAGAUGACGCGGCCGCUAACAUACGUGCCGACCAAAAUUCAUUGAGCACGAUCAACCAAUCGUUGUUGAGCGUGCCACGAACGCCAGGUGACGUGUCUCAAAACGUUCGAACGCGAAAGUGCAGCAUCGUCCAAGAGGAGGAGGACGAGGACGACGUGUCCUCGUGUUCAGGACGCGACGAGCGCGGCAGCAAUUCCACGUUGAACUCGUUCAAUCGUCGAGGCUCUCGAUCAGAGGGUAAACUGUCGCACAUCCUGCAGGAGAGGCUGUCCCAGCUUCCAGAGAAAACGAGCCACAAGCCCAUGUCGUCGCAGCGAAAUUCGCAGAAGGACAUCAACGUGGUUUCUGCGGUCGCAGAGGGAGAGGAGCGACUGAAGUCUUCUAGUCCAAAGAGUGGGAACAGCGAUUCCUCCUUGCCUGUCCAGACAGCGGUCAGGCCUCAAGUAGGGAAUCAGCAAGUACCUGCAGCAACGAUGCUCGAUCCCACCAGCCAGGAGAACCUGAAGAACCGUUUCGACGACGGAUCGUCGCCUGUCUGGUCGAGGAGAGGGUCCUCGGAGAACAGGCCGAAAUCGGUGUCCGACUGCUUAAAAUCGAUGGGGCCUGUUCCGACGAACAAAUGGAGGAUGGGAUCGCAACAUCGAUCCUCCGCCUCGUCGUUGGACUCCUCAUCGGCGAUAGGCCCGUCGAAACUGUCCGAGACCAGCGCGACCACCACCAUUCUCACGGAAUCGUCCACAGUGUCCAUUCCUUUGCGACCUUUGAGCGGACUAAGCGACAGUCUAUCGUUGACGCCAAAAUACAAGACCAUGCCCUCGCCAGGAAGCACUGGCUCCACGUCCACGCCUCUGAACGAAAUCUUGGAAGACGGAGAUGCGUUGCCAGUGUCUGGUAGCGAGAGCAGCGGCUCCAAGUGCCGAGUGGUUAGGAGAACGGGGUACGAACAGAGGAAGAGCAAGUUCCACAAGACGCGCACAACUUCUUGCUCGAGUUCAGACGCUAGUGACGAUGACAGCGAGAGCAGGAAGAAAAGGGCGCAUAAGUUGAGCACCUCCGCGAGCAAGUCGAUGUCUUCUAGACGCGAUAGUCACGAUGAUUCCAGUGACUCGCAGGAUCCUGGCGGCAGCGGCGGAGGUGGUGAAGGAGGAGGAGGCGGAGGAGGCGUGGGUAACGGAGAACACACAACAGAGACACCGUCGAGCGAAACUAGCCGAAAAGAUCACGGAAGCAACACGAGCACAACGACGACGACGACUACGACAACGGGGGGAAGGCAUAGGUGCUCGGAAAGUCAGGUGAUAUUCGGCAGGAGGCAUCGUGCCGGCAGGAGAAGAACCGGAGAAACUCGACUGCGCGAGAGUCAAUCGUUGAAUCGCAUUACGGAAGUUCAGGAAGCAGAAGGUCCUUCGUCCUGUCACAAUUAUUGCCACGCGUCUCGCAACUCGGCCGUUCUAGGCGUUCAAAGUAUGUCCUCGUCUUCGUCGUCGGUGUCUCAGAGCAGUACAGGUUCGCACGGACUUCCGCAAACGUUGUCCCAAGCAGCGGCGACUGUUCAGAAAGCCAAAGGUUUUGGCGCGAGGCUUCUGCAAAGUUGGUCCCUCAGCACUGGCAAGUCCUCGCUGUCCCAGCCGUCGAACAAACAAACCAACUGCAACCCGAACGGCGGCAGAUGUACCAGACAGGAGACGCAACGAAACACGUGUCAGAGGAUCGAGAUGUGCGACGAGAGGGAAUUGAACGGUGGCUCGGUCAAUCAAAUGCCGUCCAACGACAAGGAGAACAGGAACGGGUCGAUGAAUAGAAACGACUGCAAGAACAGGAAGAUCCGGUUGCUCAGUCGGUACUUCGCCGUGCAUAAAAAACUGUGCGUACCUUUGCCGGGAUUGUUUGGCAAGGGGCGUCUGUACAAGGCUCGGUCUUGCGGCAGCAUCGCCCGGGAUCGUGUGAGUCCGCCGUCACCGAAAUCCAUGUUGUUCUGCGCGACAGCGGACGAUAAGUGGCGAGAUCGUCGACAGUGGUGCGACGCGAAGCACCAGCAUCGUGGCAGCGACGGGGAUAUUAACCAGAAUUUGGGCCUGUCGCAUUUGGUACAGGAAAGCGUUGUGGGAAAAGGGUGUGGCGCGUUGCCUACCGUUUGUCACAUUCACUUGGGCGACGCGUCCAAGUGUUGCAGCCUCUGUUGAUGAAUCCGCACGGUGAAUAAAUCGAUACACAAACGACGAUGGACAUCGACGAAGACACCGGUGAGUCGCGCGUAACUUUAAUCCGGAGUCGUCGAAACGAUGGUCCGUGCGACCGUGAAGAACGAGUCGUCGCUGUUUCGUCGACGAGUAAUGAUCACUGGCGACCCAGGAAGCGAAGAGACGCGAUUAUCACGAAGUGCAAUCAAUUUCGUGACGGUCGUUUCGCGUGCACGGAGGAGGAAAAUUAAGAGGAGGAGAGAAAGAAAAAGAUGGCGAAAGGAAAGGCACGCAAGACGGCGCGGUACGACGCGUUUGAACAGAAGACAAGGAGGAUUUUCUGUACGCGACGCGUUGUGGUGAUCGUUAACAACCACGACCUCUCAGCCGAUUACGCAGCUCGCGUUUAUAAUGGUCAAUGUAUUCGAUCGAUCACGUCAUUGUCCCCUCCACCAGGCCGAUGCUACACCGGCAGAAAACCCGAUCCUGUAACCUUUUGAACGUGACGCGUAGCCGGGAGAAAGACCAGAAUAAUGUUAAGGGUCGUGUCGAGAGGGAGAGCGCGUUAUCGAUCAUUCGCUCUGCGGGAAGUGUAUCUAGUCCGUGUGAACAAAUCUAUAUUAAAUAUUGCAGAGUUUAUUAUUAUUAUUGAUAUUUUAUUAUUAUUAUUAUUAUUAUUAUUAUUAUUAUUAUUAUUAUUACUAUGAUUAUUAAUAUUAUCGUCAUUUUCUUAAUUAUUAUAACGCGCAGACAUCGAUCGAAUCGCAAAAAAGGAAACUUAUCCAAACUUGCAGAAUAUUGAAAUUUCUCGCUACCACGGAUUAUCUUCCUCUAUGUUUCCCCUUUAUUUAUCUGCCUAACCCACCCUUCUCCCCUUCUCAUACUCUUUAAACACUGUUCCUCGCGAGAAUCGCGGUUACCGUACCAUAUUUUCGUAUGUGUGACAAAGUAGCAUGCGUUCGUGUAGCUCGCUGCGAAAGACGAGUGGAUUUUGCGUUUCCUUCCUCCUCUCCAAAGGAGAAGACAAACCAGCGAGACCACGUUUAUACAUAACACGCUAAUCGAUUAGACUUACGUAUCGUCUCGAUCAAAGAACGUACUGUGCGGUGCUACGUGCGAACAUCUCACUCGACGAGGAAGAAACAUCAAGACCGCUGCUGUUCCGCGACUGGUUCUAGGGGAUGAAUACUGCUAUUGCUCGGAACAUUAAAAAUGAAACAAUGGGAAUUCUCAAAGGUAGAGGUAUCGACUUUUUCAGGAGAGAAGUUCAGAAGAAAGUUCAGAUACGAAAUGUUCGUGAUCUACAGUUUAUCAUACAGUUUAUUUAUAGAAUCAACGAGCGUGAAAAGCGAAACAAGUUCGAUAAAAGAAAAGUUGCUUCAACUAUGCAACUAAUUCACAAAGGCACAAGAGUAGUAGACGCCUGUCAAGCCAAGGAAAGAAAAAAAGAGGACGAAGCUUCGAGAAAUCCAAUAUCUUUGUUCCUACUUGAAGUUAAGGAAGAGCUGCUCUUCAAAAAGACUCAUCGUUCAGAUAUACUCAAGCGACAAUAUAAUAACGCUUUGAAAAACCCUACGAACCACGGACCAUCGAUAUAAAUCCCCUAGGACAGAACUCUGUAACGGAACGAUUGGCGCGAUGUUUCGUUUCUGUCGUCUAGUUACGAGAGACGAUCUUCUUCGCCAUUCGAAGCAAUUGGCAGCGAGUAUCAGCGCGCGCCUCACACUUCACCGUCUUCAUCUUCAACGUCAUCGUCAUCGUCGUAGUCGUCGUCGUUGCCGAAUGCGCGCGUUCUUUUCGUUGGAGAACGCAGUAUAAUCGAUAUCACGCUGCUCUGUGAAACGGGACAACCUGAGACAAAACAGGAAUUACCGAGUGCUAAUCUAGAAACUACUGUUUGUCCAUGACAAAGCACGCUCCUUUCCCGCGUCGAUCGAUAACGUUGAAAACUAGGUCGGAAGGAACUCGGUGAACUCUUGUGGAAUUCGACGGAUCGUAAUUGCCUUCAAGAUCGAACGCGAGUCAUUCGGCAGAACUCUCGCUGAAUCCGAGCGAUUCUACGUGCACACGCUUUUCAUCCUCUUUUUUAUAUAUAUAUAUGUGUGUGUGUCGCUACGAUCGAGGGUAUGCCACAUUAGACAUUUGAAGAUCGAAUUUUAAAUUUAUUUUCUGAACAGUUCAGUUUGAUGAUUUCGUGAACUUUUCAUUGCGAAAAAUAAUACGUAAUGUUUCUAAAAUAUUUGACGUCUUGGGGAUUCAUUGAUACUGCUCGCGUAUCAGUUCCACUUCACAUUCUCAAGAAAAGAGUUUGUAGUUACGUAGCAACUGUUGAAUAGCUGUUUGUCCUAGGUAUAGUUGUGAAUCACUGUUUGCAUUCUCACUGUACUAUUACGUAUUAUGUCAUUGGUGAUACUCCGAACACAUAUCUAUGACGUGACGUCAAUAGUGUUUUUUUUUUUUUCAAAUAGAGAAUCGGUCGAAUCAUUCGAUUCUAUUUUAGCGUGUUCGAGGAACCAGCUUUUUGUUAAAAAAUAUGCUGUAUGCGUAUGACAUUGUGUAACAAUUGUCCGUUGACACGACACAAUGCUAUUUCUCCUGUAUAUUCGUAAAUUUAGAGUCGAAAUCGAGUAUCACAACUGGGACCACGUCGCCGCAGUCCAGAAUUCGUCUCAUUGCUUUCGUAGAUUAAAACGUAGAAUGAUUAGAGUAGAGACAAUAGAGACACGCAAUUGCAUGUAACGUUCCUUGAAUGUACUAUACUUACAUUUUUACAAUCUUCAAAAUUACAAUCCUGAGAAUUAAUGACGCGAGAGUAUCGACAUUUACUAGUAUCAAUGAAUUUAUUUUUUUUUUCUUACCUGUACUUUACGUAUAUGUUAUUAAGAUCUCGUUAAGGCAAGCAAUUGGUUGUUAAAUUUUAUAACGAUACGUGUUAAAUUCGACUCUUCAGAUCCUGACAGUGGCGGCCUCGUCAAUAGCGUGAAGUUCCAUGUUUCCUGAGUAGGCCAAGAGCGUUCGUAUGUACCUAAACCGUGCAUCAGGUGUAUGAAAUUCACGCAUAAACUGUAUGUACCGAGCCAGAUGUUUUUUAGUGUAAUAGAAUUUAUUUAUUAUAUAUCCUGUAAAAAAAGAGAGAGAGAACGCAAGAGAGAAAGAGAGAGAGAGCGAGAGACGAUCCUUUCCAAUCGUCACUGCCGACGAUCGUCGAGACCCCCCUUUUUCGCUUUAUUCCUCAUUGUAACACUUCUCUCAUCCUCGUGUCGUCGCCUCGGGAACGAGAUCGUUUGCUUCCUCCAUAAAGACUGAGCAAAUUGUACAAUAAAUUUCCAUAAUUGCUUGGAUUGCCCUGUGUGUCGUACGAUGACGAUGACUCGACGAGACCAAAAAAGAAAAAAAUGUAGAAAAGAAAACGAAUUCUACUCGAAUUAAUGCCUCGAGUAAUCUCACUGUUCUUCGGUGCACCUUGUCACGGGUGAGCUGUUGGUUGAAAAAAAAAAAAAAGAAAAAAAAAAGA